UCGAAGGGUGAACACAAAAUUCGCACCACCAACGUUGCAACGGGACUUUAGUUUUUGACCACACUUUUUUCGCCCCCCAACAACAAAAAAAAUCCUAUUAGCCAACUUAACUCUAACACCAAAGAAUAAGAAGAUAAUCUGUGGCUAUGGCGACGACGUAUUUGAGCGUGCUUCACCUGGCCACAGCCGGUCUUAAUGGCCCUUUACUCGGUUCCGACGAAGAAGAAAUUGUUCUCAUCUGCCUGGUCGUCAUCAACAUUCAAACCAAUCAGGUGGUGACCGUGCAAGACUACUGGGUUAAACCGCGUUCGGCUGAUAUCAACGAGAAUGUCCUUUCUGAACAAGCCAGAGAAGAAAUGGGUCUCUCUGAGGAACUCAUCCGUACGAAAGGCAACUCACUGGAACAAGUUCUGUCUCAGGUGGACAGUUUUCUGCAGAAAGUGUCGACCGAAGUGGACCAGAAACCGGCCAGCCAUGCGGCCAACGUCGUGAUCGUGACGGACGGCCAACUCCCUUUGCGCCAAUGUUUAUUGCCCGAGACGUGCUCGAAAGGCAUCGCCGAUCCACCGGCCAUUUUUGGCCAUUUUUACGACUUGCGCAAAGAGUUCCGAAAAGCCUUUCCGAACGCGCCUGAAAUCAACUCCAUUCAAGACAUGAUAAACUAUCUGAAUUUGGAGCCGGAAGAACCAGCUAGUGUAGUUCAGCAGAAUGCCACGAGGAGAGAGGCGCAAGAUAUGGGCCGCAUUCUGCAACGACUCCUAAAAGAAGGUCACAAGUUCGACAAUCCAGAAACGAUCCACUUGCGAUUGGAACCAGGCAUUUGUUCGAAAGAUGAAGAGGUGGACAGCAACACAGUAGUACGAGCACGUGGUCUACCUUGGCAGUCAUCGGAUCAGGAUAUCGCACGAUUCUUCCGCGGUCUCAACGUUGCUAGGGGCGGAGUGGCGCUGUGUUUGAGCGCUCAAGGAAGACGGAACGGUGAAGCCCUCGUCAGGUUCGUUUCGGCUGAACAUCGUGACAUGGCUCUUAAAAGGCACAAGCAUCACAUUGGUCCGCGCUACAUCGAAGUCUACAAGGCCACAGGAGAUGACUUUAUCGAUGUCGCAGGAGGUAGUAAUAAUGAAGCACAAAACUUUUUAUCGAGAAGUGGUCAAGUCAUCGUGCGCAUGCGUGGAUUACCCUACGAUUGCACGGCCAAACAAGUCGUUGAAUUUUUCGAAUCCGGAGGUGAAGAUGUUGGCUCUACCGUACUAGACGGAGAUGCUGGUGUCUUAUUUGUCAAAAAACACGAUGGAAGAGCAACAGGUGAUGCUUUCGUCAUGUUUGCUACCGAAGAAGAAGGUUCGAAAGCGCUAGCCAAGCACCGUGACAUUAUUGGCUCUCGCUACAUCGAACUCUUCCGGUCCACAACAGCGGAAGUUCAACAGGUUUUGAAUCGGUCUAUGGAUCCGCGUACGUACGAAACACAAGCGCCUUUGAUUCCGCAAUUGCCACAGAUGCCUCUCCUUCCUCAACAAAUGAUUACGUCUGGAACACGCAAGGACUGUAUCCGUCUACGUGGUUUACCGUACGAAGCUCAAGUGGAACACAUUCUUGAGUUCCUCGGCGAACAUGCCAAGAGCAUCGUCUACCAGGGAGUUCACAUGGUGUACAACGCCCAGGGUCAACCAUCUGGCGAAGCCUUCAUCCAAAUGGACUCUGAGCAGAGUUCGUUUCAGGCAGCCCACCAACGUCACCACCGCUACAUGGUGUUCGGCAAGAAGCAGCGCUACAUCGAGGUGUUCCAGUGCUCAGGCGAGGAUAUGCACGUCGUGCUGACUGGCGGCCUGGCCCUACCAUCGACUCCGGCGACUCCAAAGGCUCUGCUCUCUCCCGGUAUGUUGCCCUGGGACCAGCUCAACAGUCCCGCUGCGGCUGCUGCCGCCGCGGUGGCGGCCGCGGCCGCUGCUUCUUCUCCGUUGAGCAACGCUCAGGCCCAGCUCCUGCAAGCGCAAGCCCAGGCACAGGCUCAAGCGCAGGUGAUGCAGGAGCAGGUCCAGGCGCAAGCUCAGGCUGCCCAGAUUCAAGUCCAGGCUCAGUUGGCCGCUCACGCACUCAAACAACAGGAGGGUCUCUGGCUCAUGGGCUUGGCUCCUCCCCCCUCACCUGCCACUUCAAAUCCUUCACUAAGUCGGCCUCCACCUACCCAACCAACCUAUACGCUCUCUUCUCGCCAUUCUAACCCAAAUUCCGUUGAUCGCCAGCACCGGUCAUCGUCCGGCGCUGUUAAUGCCCAACAACAGCAGCCACCGCCUUCUGGCUUGGGUCUACUCGGUCAAGGGGGCGUUCGGUCCGCUCCUUUUAUGCAAAACUCUCACCAAGGGUUUCCGCACCUGGGCCUUGGCAUGGCCGGCCUCGGGAUGGCAGGUCUCGGGAUGGGUAAUUUAACAGUACAACAAGAGUUGGCCGCCUUGCAACAGUUUCCCAUGCUUUCCGCCAAUUUUCCGGGUUUGAAUUUCGGCCAGAUUGGCGCCACUAGUAAUGGCGCUGGUGCUAGUAGUGGAUCGGCCGCCCCGCCCUCGUUGAAUCAUCCACAUCAUCCGCUAUUUUUGCUGGGCCUUCAGCACGGCCAAAAUCAACUUGCGCGCAACAAUCAGGCCGGUUUAGCUAACGCCCUUCAGGCGGCCAAAGCGGCCGGCUCGUUUUUUCCCGGUAUGCCGGCGCAACCGGCCUCGACACAGUUGGGUGGCGGAUUUAAACGUUCAUGGGAAGCAGCUUUCCAACAACAACAACAACACGCCGACGCUUCUCAAGCCGUGGCAGCAGCUGCCAUGGCGGCGGCAGCGGCGGCAGCUAAAAGGCAGUGGCCACCGCAUUUGGGCGGCGCAGCCGGUGGUCCAGGUGCUGGCUCCUCCUCUUCUCUCACCUUCCCUUCUUCCAUCUAUCCUGCUUUGUAGUAGUUUAUUAUUCUUGGGGUCAUGUUGGAUAUAUCUAUUUUUUUUUUCGUUGUUUUCCUCGUCGUGGACUUAUAUAGACGGGUUCAUCUUUUUGUUUUUUUUUUUGUUUUUUUUUCUUGACAUUGCGCACCCAUUUUUUUUCCCUUAAUUUUUGCGUGUCGUUUGGAAAUUAUUUGGCAGAUAAAAAAAAAACCUGGAGACUUAAUUCGUAGUGGUAAUCAAAAAUGGGAUCUUGUAUAAUUUUUUUUUUUUUUUGCGAGUCUGGUUACCCGUUUAUUAUUUUUUUUUGCAUGCCGGGCUUUAUCGAGUUGACAUUGUUGUUGAAUUUUCCCCUCUUAAUUCCCGUGGCCUUUACAAAAAAAAACAAGAAAAAACACUCAUCAACAUCCAUUUCUUAUACCCCGCCCCAUUUUUCUUUACUCGGCUCACUUGUCCUAUGUCGCAAAAACAUUCCGUAAUCCUCUCUUCACCUUUAUUUCUUCUCAGAAAUAUUCCAUUUUGCUUUUGUUUUUUUUUCGUUGAGCCAUCAGCUCGAUUCGGAAUUCCAAGAUUCGUAGUGAUUUUUCAUUUCAAAAAAAAAAAAAAAAAAAAAUGUCUUUAAACGUUCCAUCAUUCCCGAAUAUCUUGCCUUGCGUUUUGUUUUGCCCUCCCUUUUUCGCGGUAGCUUUUUCAAAUUAUCGUUUGCCGCGCAAACGUAAAACGCAAUUGUAGAGUUCGUGUGUACCAGUUGAUUUCAGAUAGCUCUAUAUCCAUUCUAAGUAUCCCUCUUUAAAUUUGCGUUCACUUUUUUCGACACUCUUCGUGAGUUUAUCCCCUUUGUGAGUCAUUCUUGGGAGACCUUUAUCUCUAUUUUUUUUUUUUUAACCCCCUCGCUCGUUUCAGCUUGCCAAGUAUGUCGAUACUAACGUCGAUGACGACGACUGAUGGGGUUGAUGCAGUGUUGUUCCAAAUGAAUUUUUUCUCUUUUUUUUUUUUUUUUUGGUCCUAUCUUUACUUUCUGAUUAUUUGAAAACUAACCUUUAUUCUAUGUGGUCUGAUUUUUUUUUUUCUGUGCCCGUUCUCACUUCACUCUCUCGCUCUCUCCAAUGCUUCGAUUUUUUUUUUUUUUUUCGUGACUCAAUUUACCUAAAACACGGACAUUUACGCACAAACACACGAGAGAUACACACACACACACACACAUACAGACGUUUGUAUGUCCAUUAGAAACGGUGCUGGUUGUUUGUUUUUAAGUUAAAAAUAUAAAACAAACAAACAAAAACAAACACGAUUUGGGAGGGCAGAGAGGGAAGAUCCGAAUUUCCUUUGUUUCUUUUCCUCCCCGUUUUUUUUUUUUUUCGCCUUCUUUUGUUACCUACUUGUGUUUCUUCUUUCCUUAUCCUUGACGUGGCCUUUAUUAUAUAGAUCUAUUGGGAUCCAAAGAGAAACCACGGCGUGUAUGGCUUGCUAUUAUUAUAAUCAGUCUCUCUAUUAAACCAGAUACGAUCAUCAUAA